AUGGGUAGCAAAGUGAAGAUGUUCAAGUGGUCAAAAGAGAUCACACCUUCACAGGUUAUCAAACUGAUGCGAGCUGAGAAAGACGUUGAGAAGUUGAUCGCAGUCUUCGAUUCCGCCACCGCAGAAUACGCGAAUGGGUUCUUACAUGACCAGAGCUCCUUCGCUUACAUGGUCUCGAGGCUGGUCUCUGCGAAUAAAUUCAAAGCAGCUGAAGAUCUGGUUGCGAGAAUGAAGGUUGAGAACUGUGUCGUUAGUGAAGAUAUAUUGCUUUCGAUAUGCAGAGGAUACGGUAGGGUUCAUAGACCGUUCGAUUCUUUGAGGGUUUUCCACAAGAUGAAAGAUUUCGAUUGUGAUCCUAGCCAGAGGUCUUACGUUACUCUUCUUGCUAUUCUUGUGGAAGAGAAUCAGUUAAACUUGGCUUUCAAGUUUUACAAGAACAUGAGAGAGAUCGGUUUGCCUCCUACCGUUGCGUCUCUCAACGUUUUGAUCAAAGCUCUCUGCAGAAACGACGGGACAGUGGAUGCUGGGGUUAAGAUUUUUCUUGAAAUGCCUAAACGAGGGUGUGAUCCGGAUUCCUACACAUAUGGGACCUUGAUUAGUGGUUUGUGCCGGUUUGGAAGGAUAGACGAGGCGAAGAAGUUGUUUACGGAGAUGGUUGAGAAAGACUGUGCUCCAACUGUUGUUACCUACACUUCUAUGAUCCACGGUUUGUGUGGAUCGAAAGAUGUUGAGGAAGCAAUGAGAUUUCUGGAAGAGAUGAAGAGUAAAGGCAUCGAGCCGAAUGUGUUCACUUAUAGUUCUUUAAUGGACGGUCUUUGCAAAGAUGGGAGAUCAUUGCAAGCCAUGGAGUUAUUUGAGAUGAUGAUGACCAGAGGCUGCAGGCCAAACAUGGUGACGUAUAGCACUCUGAUCACUGGUCUUUGUAAGGAGCAGAAGAUUCAAGAAGCCGUUGAGCUUCUUGAUAGAAUGAAUCUUCAGGGUUUGAAACCUGAUGCUGGAUUGUAUGGGAAAGUGAUCAGUGGGUUCUGUGCUAUUAACAAGUUUCCCGAAGCUGCCAAUUUCCUUGAUGAGAUGAUUCUUGGAGGAAUAACUCCGACUCGUUUAACUUGGAACAUCCAUGUUAAGACGAGUAAUGAAGUCGUCCGAGGUCUUUGUACAAGUCAUCCGAGCCGCGCGUUUGCUCUGUAUCUAAGCAUGAGGAGUAGAGGCAUCUCGGUUGAGGUUGAAACGUUGGACUCUUUGGUGAAGUGUUUGUGCAAAAAGGGUGAAUUUCAGAAAGCGGUUCAGUUAGUUAACGAGAUAGUGGCUGAUGGGUGUGUUCCAAAGAAAGGAACUUGGAAGAUACUUGUAGGUUACACAUUGGAUAAAACAGUUGUAGGAGAAGCUUCAGAAUCUCUUCUCAGAGAUUUGGAGAUUUAA